GCAUCCACACUGCGGUCUGUGCUCAGUGUCAGCUUUCCAGCCAGACUCUCCUCACAUCCUCGUCUUCCUGCAAGACAUCGCAGCUAACAUCAUGAUGCGCUCAGUCCUCAGUGUCUGUGUGAUGUUUACUCUUCUACUACAAGGUUUGAAUGCACAGCUGCAAGUUCGGCUUGUGGAUGGAGCUGCCCCGUGGAAUGGUUUCCUUGAGAUGUUGUACAACGGAACAUGGUACCCAGUGUGUGUCGAUAAGUUUAGCAAACAAGAUGCACAAGUGGUCUGCAGAAUGCUGGGCUUCAACACGUCGCACGUUUAUACCGCGUCCUUAUAUAGGUACAGUAGGAGCUACAACCAUAUCAUGUUUGACGACCUGAGGUGUACAGGAGAGGAGACCACCUUAGAGAUGUGUAAUUAUACAAGGAUUAUCAGAGACCUCAGCAACCGCGAUGUCAUUGCUGUCACCUGCAACUCACAAAACAUGCAAGUGCGAUUGAGGGAUAUUAACUUUUUGGGACCUAACAGACGUCAGGUAGAGAUAGACAUCGGAGUUGGUCAGUGGGGACCAGUGUGUGUGUCGACUAACAACACUGCCAGGGUCGUCUGUAGACAGCUCGGCUUACCAUGGCUUGGUGCCAGGACGUUUUUAUCUAAAGUCGUUUCGGUCCGUCGUGAUGUCCCAUCUUGCUUUGGUAAUGAGACUAGCAUCGCUGAGUGUCAGCUUGAGACGUCUAGUGACAAAUACUGCCCGGAUUACACCAUCACUUGCAGAGACUCUCCUGUCAACAUCCACACAAACAGUAGCAAAUAUCCGUUAAUGGAGGAAACAAAUGAAAUGUCAAUAAAUAUAUAA